AUGGCUAGCACGCCGCCUCGUCCUUCACACAGUUCACCUUCUCGUGGUCAACUGAUUCUCACAUCGCCUCACGUGGAUGAUGAUGUUCCGUUGUCCUCAGAUGACGGGACAGUUCUGCUAUCUCCUGGAUCAAUUGGCAAUGCUUCCACACAAUCAGCAGAGGCCGAUGAAGAUGGAGAAGAAGUCGAUAAGCUGCAUUUUGUCCUGCAUGAUAUGCUGUCCCUCAUGCUGCAUAUUAUGCUGAUUGCGACAUUGGUGAUGAAGAAGAACGCAACAUCAGUGCUAUUGUUUGGUGUGAUGGAUUUGGGCGACGAGGCAGAGGCUGAUGAUGUUGACUCAGGUGAAUACGGUUCUGAUGGCGAUACUAGCAGUGAUCCCGUUGUGGAGGAUGUUGGUGACGACCCAGCGCAAACUGAAGAAGAGAUUGCUGCAGAAAUUGUUUUGCUGACAAUUUUUUUUAAUACCUUCCGUUGGGAAGACCAAGUUCUCGCAGGAAAUCUGAAGAACGACAUCCUGCGCGAAAUGUCAGCCACCGGCUGGGAAGAUGUCGAAGAACCUGAUAUCUAA